CAUCAAGCAAGUUAAUAUAAAAAUAUUAUAAGAUACAUAGAUUGUUUGAUUGAAGUGCGUUUUGUGUCAGUUGAAAUGCUACCGCCGCAGACUCAACACGGCGUGAACGAGCGUGCUGGUGAAGUACACGUUAUAGACAUAGAGGACCAGUUGGAGGGAACCGGUGUUGAAGAUUCAAUACAAAUACGCAUAGACAACGCUUUUGGAGAAAUAAUGAACGGCAACGGAACAACUAUGAACUCUAAACAGAAACCGGUUAAUCUGGCUGACGUUGUGGCGAAAGCGCACGAAACAUUCAACCGUGGUGUGACGAAGCCUAUAGAAUGGCGUCGUCAACAGCUGCAGAACCUCAUGCGUAUGUACACUGAGAACCACAAUGAAAUGGUUGCAGCGCUGGCCAAAGAUCUGAGGCGGUCCAAAACGGAGGCCGUGCUCUUGGAGACACAAUACCUGAUGACCGAUCUCAAGAAUAUGCUGAAUAAUUUGGACAGCUGGGCCAAGCCGGAACGGCCGUCCAAGGGCUUCGUGAACAUGUUAGAUGACGUGGUGAUCUACAAAGAGCCGUACGGCGUGGCGCUCGUGGUCGGCGCGUGGAACUACCCUCUGCAGUUACUGCUGAUGCCGAUGGCGGGUGCCAUCGCGGCCGGGAACGUGGUCGUCGUGAAGCCCAGCGAGCUCGCCGAGGCCAGCACGCAAUUUGUGGUUGAAAUGCUGCCGAGGUAUUUAGAUAAUGACGCGGUAAUAGUAGUAGAGGGAGGACCUGAAGAGACCACAGAGCUAUUGAAACAGAAAUUCGACUACAUCUUCUACACGGGUGGGACCAAUGUAGGCAAGAUCGUGUACGCCGCCGCCACCAAACAUCUCACCCCCGUUACACUGGAGUUAGGUGGUAAGAGCCCAACUUACAUAGACGGCACAGUGAAUAUUGAAGUGACAGCCAAAAGAGUGCUGUGGGGCAAGUUCAUCAACUCAGGUCAGACGUGUAUCGCGCCUGACUAUGUCCUGUGCUCCAAGGAGGUGCAGGAGAAGUUCGUGAACGCAGCCAGGAGUGUCCUCAAGGAGUGGUACGGGGAGGACCCACAGAAAUCUCCGGAUCUAUGCAGAAUUAUCAAUAGCAGGCAUUUCAGCCGUCUUCAAGCUUUAAUAGAAGCGAGCAAGGACAAAAUCGCAAUUGGUGGUCAGACCGAUCCGAGAGAGAGAUUCAUUGAGCCCACCAUAUUGACCAAUGUAAAGGGAACAGACAAAAUAAUGGAAGACGAAAUUUUCGGUCCUAUUUUACCUAUAGUACCUGUAGAGAACGCAUAUGAAGCGAUUAAAUUUAUUAAUUCCAGAGAGAAGCCGCUGACGCUGUAUGUGUUCAGUACGAGCAAGGAUGUCUUAGCGAACAUUGUCGACAACACUAGUAGCGGAGGAAUGUGCGUUAACGAUACUGUCAUGCAGAUGGGAGUUGAGACUUUACCAUUCGGCGGCGUCGGCAGCAGCGGCUUUGGCGCCUACCACGGCAAGACGACAUUCGAUACGUUCACUCACCAAAAGAGUUGUCUCAUAAAAAAUUUCUCGCCCAUCGGAGAGAAACUUGGAUCAAUACGUUACCCGCCCUAUUCAGAUAAGAAGCUGAAUAGAAUAACGAAAAUGAUGGGGAAGAGUUCGUUACCCUCCUUCAAGUGUUUGCCCUACCUUCUGACGUUUGCACUCGGGGCGGCCAUAUCUUACGGCAUCUUCGCCUGGCAGAAGAUGGCUUCGGAAGAUCAAUAAAAAACGACGACUGAUUUUAAUUCGUAAUUUCUUUUGAACUUUAUUUUUAUACAAAUAAUAUGUUAAUGG